AUUCAAGAAUUUUACGGAUGUGUAGAAUAUUACUUCGUUCACCAGUUCAACAGCUAUACACAUUUAAUGGCACUAAUUCAGUGGACCCAAAAGGAUUCUUAGAAUGUGGAAAUUUUUUAUUUAUCAUUGACAAGGAGGUAAAUGAUCCUGAUGAUAGUAAUAUAAAGUCGAGUAGUGAAGAUAAUGA